AUGUAUCAAAACACCCAACGACAUGCCUCGUCGGCCGAUCCUUCGAGACCCUUCCAGGUCCCUCCUCCACCGCCGCCCAUGUCGCCGCCCGUGCAAGGCCAGAUGAGCAACAUGAUGUCGAUACCUCCUCCGCCUCCGAGAUUCCCUUCUGCUCCUGGCGCAACAGGAGGCAGCGGGAUGAUGCUCCCACCGCCUCCAGGACCACCGCCUGGAAGCGCAAUGGCUGGCCAGGCACCAUGGCACGGCGCCUUUGGGCGCAUGUACGAUGGCCGUGGCGGCUUCAAUAUGCCACCUCCCCCGCCGGGACAACACCAGGCCUACAACCCAAAGUUACACGCGCAGGUUGCGACGGGAACGACACUAUCGAUACCGCCUCCACCUCCACCGAACGAACAUGUCAUGUCGGCGACCUACAUACCACAAGGCGACACGUACGGCGAAGGGGUUGGAAUACCUGGUCUGGGCGGCUUUGACGAGAAUGCGACAUUCUCGGCAACCUCCCAGAGCUCAUGGCCUACCAAUAGUCAGACCAGCGGCGACACGGCAAUGACCACGCCGCAAGACGAUGUGUCAGGAGGGAGAGACAGAUUGUACGCUCAAGCCAUGCACAGCCGUGGGAUGUCAACAACCUCGAACGCUACGACGAUCACGUCAAGCAUCCACCCAGAGCUGGCGGCGCAAUGGCCGUUGGAUAAGGUGCUGUUGUGGUUGGCUACAAAUCAGUUCUCCAAGGACUGGCAGGAGACUUUCAAGGGACUUAAUCUACAAGGUGCUCACUUUCUUGAGCUCGGCAGCAUGCACGGCGGUCGGGGGAACUUUGGCAUGAUGCACCAGCAAGUGUACCCAAGAUUGGCCGUCGAGUGCACAAACAGCGGGACGGGCUGGGAUCAGCCGCGGGAGCGAGAAGAAGGCAAAAGAAUGCGACGUCUCAUAAGAAGCAUCGUGACCGGCCGGCCGGCUGACCCCUCCAAAGUCUCGUCGCAUGGCCGGAAAGAGUCGAUUAACCACGGCAAUAACUUACCUAGCGCUGGGACGGAUAUGGCAGAGUCUCCCAACACGCCUAUCAAAGCGCCGGGGCCUGGUUUUGGCGGCCGUCGAUUUUCACAAACGAGAUCGACGACCAUGCCGACUCUGAACAGCACCAUGAGUUCAGAUUCAAGUCACAGGAACAUCAUGAAGCAAAUUGAUGUGGACGGAAUCCGACGGCAAAGUCCAAAUGCCAGCGAGUCCGGCGAGGGCACAUUCCGUCCACCCCCCGUACGGACCGACAGCCCAAACGGCAGCCCACAUCCUCAAAGUGCUUCGCUGUUCCCCUCAUCCGCUGGCAACCUGUCAGCUUCUCCUCAUUCAACCAAGUUUGGACACAGGUCGAGGAAUAGUACAGAUUCUGUGUCUUCCAAUGCCGCUAUUUACGGGUCAGGUAUCCCACCUGAAGCUACCCAAAUGCUGCGUAGUGGAAUGAACAUCGCAGACAUCAUUCAAGCCACUCGAAACGGCGAGCCUCGGCGGCUCGGGCAAGACGGAGGGCGUCCGUCGCCGCAGGAUUCUACCGGCGACAAGUCAGCCGGCACUGAGCCUCCGUCCUCUGCUAAGGAUUCUAAGAGUUUCCUCAGUCUCAGCUUCUUGUCGAGGAAGAACAAGCAAAAGAAAGAAGAUGGCUUUCCAAGCCCUGACGACAUGGAAUCGCCAACGUCUCCAGCACUCAGCUUCAAGCCUCAUUCUUUUGGCUCUCGCUUUGGAAACAAUAGCGAAACGUCUUUGGACAUCCGACCUGGAUCCAGCUUUGAUGUUCACGAGAAGGAUUCCGCCAAGUCUAGACGUCCUGGCCCUAACAGAGUGUUCGCACUGGCCACCAUGGAUGGAUAUAACUAUCGCAUGUGCGACAUCACUGAGGCCGAGUCGGCCAUGGACCUUCGCCUCAUUAUAUGCAGCAAUUGGGGUCUGAUGGAUGCCACGACGUCUCAAAUUUACCUCACCGAGCUUGGCAAAUCCAAUCAUGAGAACCCCCUGGACGACCAGAAACUCCUCAAUAAUCGCAAGCAUAGGGCUGACGCAACAGGGACCCUCAAGUUUUUUAUUCGUCAAGGCGGACAUGCGUCUCAAGGCUCUAGCCACGCUAAUGGCAACCCGACGCAUACAUCCCUUGACGAGGAGGCAUACAAUCGACUGAGCGGGCUGUCGCGGACAAGAUCCAGCUCCUCUCCCCCGACGUCGAGGCAAAACAGCAUGGCCGGCGAAAGGGUGGAUGACAAGAUGCUUGCCCAAGAGGCAAGCGAGUAUCGUGCCGAAAUGGAGCGUAAGCAGCGCGAGUACCUCGAAAAGAGGCGUAAAGCUGCUGGUUCCGGCAACACGCCAGAGAGUGCUACUACGCCCUAUGGCAUUCACGGCAGAACCGUCGACUUCGAUCAGCCACGUCAAUCGCCGUACGAGGACAAGAAGCCGGAAGUACUGUUCCCCGUACGGAAGCCUCCGGCGCCGCCGAGUGACCCGUCAGCCACCUUACUCAAAGCCAACUCAUUGAGUCGGAAGACGGGGCACGCAAUGCGGUCGUCUGCUGAUGGGGCUCCUACGCCGCGACGGCCCUCGACUCUGUUUGAGGACAUGGAGCUCCCCGGCCAGAACGGAGACCGUAAGAAGAAGACUUCGAGCCAGCCUGGCGCCGGAAUUGGUGCAGCACUCGUUGGCAUGGGCCGAGGCCUUGGGGCAGUUGGUGUUAACGCCAACCGAAGAUCCAAGUCGCCCAACCGAGUGUCAUCGCAACCAGCUUUAGGCAACGAAUACUCAGACCGAGGUAAGGGAGCCAUUUCAUCUGUUGACUUUGCAAAGUCGUUUUCGGGCCGAGACAGCCCUCAAUCAGCGUUGUCUGGCUCGCCCGGCACUUUGACCUGGAGUCGCGGGAACAUGCCCUUCUUUGUGCCGGACUACUCUCCCGAGGGUACUCCGAUUCCGCGGCGGCAAUCUAAGAAAGGAAUGGCAGCUAAAACAAACCAAACAGUACACAGAGUUGCGUCGCGAGAGAUCAGCCCCAGCUCCAUGAACCCCCCACACUUCCCUCCGAGUGCACCACCCCAACCUCACCGUCGCAAGUCUCACGGGCCGGACUUUGAUUUCCUUGAAUCUGAGGUCAGCUUCGAGAAACCUGCCCCGCCACCCGCUCCAGAGCGAGGUAAUGAUUCAGGAGAUGACUCGGAUGAUGGCCUGUUCGCAAUUCCCAUCGCUGCUGCCAAGCCCAAGCCGACAAAGAUCACUCGCAUCUUUGACGGCGACGAUUCGCCUGACGAAUCGACCGAUAAGCGGCCAAACUUGACGGUGAAUACGUCUAGAUCUAAAGGAAAGCAGCUUUCGGUGUCAUUCACAUCCCCCAAGUCUCUAGGCAGUGCCAGCAACAGAACUCCCGAAGGCGAGGAGGAUGACGCUCUUAUGAGUGCAAGGAGCGGUAAGAGUUCACGCAGAACUCCAAAUACGCCCCAGUCGGAGUCGGAAGAUAGCAAAUUGGGCAGGAGGAAGUCUUUUGUCGAGAAGGAUGUCUGGGCCAACCGUCCAACAACUGACGCCCUUAUCAACAACCUCGACGACUUCUUCCCUAAUUUGGAUCUUGAUAUGCCCGUACUGGAAGAAGGCGAGGCAGAGGCCAACCCUCCCUCCCCAAUUGCCGAGGGAGAGGAGAAGGAAGCUUCCAAACGUCCCGCGCCACCUCAGUCGCCACCGAGUCUUCGUGCGGCCAUUUCCAACAACCGGUCGUUCUAUAAUGACAACGAUACACUCGGAUCGGAUGAGUCUACUCUCAAGGCCCUUGAGCGUCCUGCGUCGGUCGCUUCGGUUGCACAAAGGAGUGUUCGACGCUCGGGCGGUCUGGGCCGGAUGAAGUCCAUUCGUGAGGUUGCCCGCGGUGCUCAUGAAGCUAACAAGCGGUUCACCACGACGACAACCACACAACCUGGUCAGGCUACCCAGAAUACAUCAGUACUUAUGAGGAGAAAGAGCACAAAGAUGUUCAACGCCAACAUUGUGCAAAUUCGGCCUGAUCAGCGAGGCAGUAUGGUCAUGCCACAGAUUCCCCAGGACACUAUUCCCAAGCGCCAGACCACGUUCCGGUGGUUCAAGGGUCAACUUAUCGGCAAGGGUACAUAUGGUCGUGUCUAUCUCGGUAUGAAUGCCACGACCGGAGAGUUCUUGGCUGUCAAGGAAGUCGAGGUCAACCCUAAAGCUGCGCAGGGCGACAAGGCCAAGAUGCGUGAGCUGGUGGCAGCUCUCGACCAGGAGAUCGAGACCAUGCAGCAUCUCGACCACGUAAACAUUGUGCAAUACCUUGGAUGCGAGCGUAAGGAGACCUCCAUCAGUAUCUUCCUCGAGUAUAUUUCUGGUGGCAGUAUUGGAUCUUGCUUGCGCAAGCACGGCAAGUUUGAGGAGUCUGUCGUCUCAUCCCUCACCCGGCAGAUGCUUUCUGGUCUUGCAUACCUUCACAGGGAAGGUAUUUUGCAUCGCGACCUGAAGGCCGACAACAUCUUACUAGAUCUCGAUGGUACUUGCAAGAUUUCAGAUUUCGGUAUCUCAAAGAAGACGGACAACAUUUACGGUAACGACAAGUCCAACUCGAUGCAGGGCUCCGUCUUCUGGAUGGCACCAGAGGUGAUCCGCUCUGAGGGCAAGGGCUACAGUGCCAAGGUUGACAUCUGGAGUUUGGGUUGCGUUGUCCUGGAGAUGUUCGCUGGCCGACGACCCUGGUCCAAAGAGGAGGCUGUGGGAGCCAUCUACAAGAUCGCCAAUGGAGAGACACCGCCUAUCCCCGAUGAGGUUCGGGAGACAAUCAGUCCGUUGGCCAUCGCCUUCAUGUUGGACUGUUUUACUGUAAACCCGCUAGAGCGGCCUACAGCAGAUGUCCUACUCUCGCAACAUCCAUUCUGCGAGCUGGACCCUAACUACAACUUCUUCGAUACGGUGUUGUACUCCAAGAUUCGUGGCAAAGACGUCUAG